AUGCCAACCGCUCCCCAAGUGGACCCCCUCGACGUCCAGGAGGCGCUUGCCACCGUGACCCCCGAGCAAGCGCUGUCGGCGGAGACUGAUGUUGGGAAGCUGAAGCCGCCCGCUUGUGGAUGGCCCAGGGCCGUGGACGAAAUGGCCCGCCUCUACGUCGCUGUGUCCAUGGUGAAGCGAGCGAACCAACCGAACGUGAAGCCGAGGGUAACCCCGCAGCUCCUGGGGAACCUGGUGUCGAAAGUUACCGUGGUGGCGAAGCGUGCCAAGUGGUACUGGCUCGUCCCCAAGACCAACAGCAGCUUGGCGAACAUCGAGGCUGAAGCCUUCUGCCCGCCAGAGUCCCUGAGGAUCCCCGGGGGGAUCAACUUGAACACGCACGUGAUCCUGAGUGAAGCACCGCAGCGGCCUGCGAUCGCAGGCGGGCCCAUGCUGGCGAUCACGGCCGCCGCCGCCGAGGAGCACAAAGCAACCCCCGACGAGGCGAAUCGCCAGCCGGCGGCCCGUGGCAGCGGCGACAAGCGGCUUGCCGCAGAGCAGGCGUCGGGGGCUCCUCCGCCGAAGGCGGCUCGCCGCGAGCUCGCGGAGCACCCGUCAGAGGAAGGGCCCGCGGCGGUGAAGGCCAGCUUGUGCGACCUCAUUUCACGAGUGAAAGCAGCUUGUAAGGCCGGGAACAUGGUUGCCGCCGAUCAGUUGACCCCGUGGACCGUGGACUUCUGCUUGAACAUGUUCGUCGACCACGUGAAACAGGCCAAGUGGAAUGAUGGCGAGGAGCCUGAGGCAGCGGUCAUGUUCUUGCAGGCCGUGGCGAGGCGCAUCUUGGAUACGCCCUGCUUGGACGACCUGCCCGCGCUCUUGCGCCACUACGACACGAUGAAGACCGUGGUCAAGAAGGUGCGGUUUCUGCCUGAUGAGUUGGCACUACUCAAGAGCAUCGAGAGUUGGGACUACGCGAAGUCCACUGAGUUGAACUUCGGGGCGCUCGGCAUGCACAGGAAGACCGAGUACGUUGAUGGCGCCCUGUACAAGCAAUUCAUGCGGCGCCGGGCUACCCGCGAGAUCGAGGCAGUGUUGGAGCUGAAAGACACCGGCGCGCAGUUCGCGCGUCUCUCCGCCCUCGGCAACGUCGUGGAGGAGCUGACGAAGACGGAGCAGGAUUUGGUGGCCUUCGGGCGGACGUGGACGAACCCCAAGAUGCCCCUGCAUGCCAAAUUGCUGUACGCGGUGAAGGCCAAGGACCAGGGCGCGGUGUGGGACAGCUUCGCGGCGUGGGAUUCCGAUUCUCCCUUUCUGGGGCUGCAGCACUGCGCAAUGAAGGGGUCGCCGCGGACGCUGGGCUCGGAGGGCAUGGUCGCUCUCGCCGCGGAGAUCUCCAAGUCGGUGGUCGACGUGGAGGCGUUGGUGGAGGCGCUGCACCCCGUGGACCUCAUGUCGGAGGCGUGCGCGAUGAAGCUCAACGGCGAGAAGGGCUCGGCGGCGACGCAGGAGAAUGGCGGCAAGCUGAACUCCCCGGUCAUGGACGACGCGGUCCGUUCGGCAGCAGCAGCAGUCAUCGCGCCGAUCUGGGCGAAGGUGCCGGACGGCGACUUGCCCAGCCGCACGGGCAGCGUGCUCCGCGAUCGCCAUGCGAAGGCGACUGCUGCCAAGGCAGAGUCCGCGGCGCCCGGGGUCGGCCUGGCCGUGCCCGAGAUCAAGGCGAGCGAAGGUGCCGCUGGCGGCGGGGAGGCGGGGAAGGAACCGGCAUCGGCCCCGGCCGGCGGCAAAGGCGCGGCGGCGGAACCGGCCGCUGGCGAGCAGCCCGCGGAGACCCUCGGGAAGGCGGGGGGCGGCAGCAAGUCUUCGCCUUUGUCGAUCGAGGAGCGGUUCCCCGUCGGCUCCAUCGUCAUCGGGAAGUCCGCCAGGUACAAGGACAAGUACGACGGGGUCCGGGGCAAGGUGGUGUCGCACCCGGGAGUCGCCACGAGGAAGGUGAAGGUCAUGCUGCUAAACGGAAGCGCAAAAGACACCAAGCACGACUACAGCCCGGAGCAUGUAUCCCUGGAGAGCAAGGGCGGCCUCAAGGACAGCCUGGGCAAGGGCGCACGGGAGGGGGCCGUGGCGCCGGAGUCUCAAGGGGCGGCGGAGGCCGCGGAGGCCACGGCCGCAGCCCAGCGCACUGCCGCCGACCUCUUCGACGACCCAGGUUUGCUGAGCAACCAGGACUGA